AGUUCCACCAUUCCUGCCCUCUACAGCGGGUAUAACAGCACACCCGCAUUCCUGUGCCAUUUGGAAUGCUAGGUCUCUCAAUCAGACCUAACAACUGAUUGCAUUUAGAGAUCCGUCUUGAGCUACGUGCUCUUGACAACUCUCUUGGUCCACCAUGCCUCCAGUCUUACAGGUGGGGGACGAUUUCCCCAGCAUUCCAACAACAUUGAUCGACGACAACAAUGACGUACUCAACGAGAUCGAAAACCUUGCCCACCGAUCAGUGAUAGCAUCCGUCGCAGAAAAGCCACGUUCUCUCAUGGCCCGAUCGGACUCAUCAAAGUAUAUUCCCGGCGAGGGCGCCGUUGACCCGCAUAAAAUUAACAUGCAGGGGCUACUGGCACUCUUUGCCCUCAUUGGAGCCGCAUUUGUCCUUGCCGCCAUUUGGUUCUUCUUCUGGGCCAAGAACGGUGGAUUUAUCUGGAGAAAGGGCGACUGGGAGGACUACAAGUCGACGGUUCUACGACGCAAGGGCCCUAACGGUGAAACCCUGAGUAAUGCGACAAAGAGUACUAAGCUGGGCGGCGGCAGUAUUGUUGGGAAGGAUUACCACGACGAUGACUAUACGGUCUCCGGAUACACCGACACCGCGACAGAGGUGACAGAAAAAGGUGGAGCGAAGCGCAAGCGCGGACUCCGAGAGAAGCUACUUGGCCGACGCAGAGACGAGCGAUACGAGAACGAAGCGGAUGAGGACGUGCGUGCGUACCGUAAGGAGAAACCAGCUCGAAUCGGUGGGAUCAAUGCCGAGGCCGAUGGUACCUACUACGGCAGCGACUACGACACCUCCAAUCCACCAAGCCACUACCAGCAAAGCGAAAUGACUCAGACCCGCGAUUACGCUUACGAGCCGAGUCGUCACAAGAGUACGCGCCGUGAUUUCUCUUUCACCCCGGGCACCGAAGAAAGCCUCAGUCAGCCGCCGACAGAACCUCGCCGCAUUCGCGAACCCUCCACUCGGCGCCAUAAUCGUCGUCGCGAGAGACGUCACCAUGCUCCUCCAACCUCAUCCUCGCGCCAGAGCAGCCCCCGCAAGCGUGAGAGACGGUCCAUGCCCGGCCAUUACACUGAACCACUUGACUUUUCGUCGGCACCCUCGCGUUCGAAUUACCAGUACUCCAAUGUCGAUACGGAAGAAUCUGGCACCAAGAGCUACCACCACCCAAUCCCAGGGUUGAGCAAGGGAUACCGCCGUGAUGGAGGACGCCGCCGUCGCCGCGACAGUCUGAGCGACAGUGACGGGGAGGAGACCCGCUACUCGUGAAACUAGAGUACCGGAAUUCGCGAGACAAGAUCUCAACCAGAAAUUGUAAAUAAUAUGAAUCUUUUUUUUCUUUUUCUUUGUUUUGAGCAACUCAACG